CCGCUGCUGCGCUUUCCAAGUCGACCGUGAAGGGAAUUGCAAACAGCUGAAGGACAUUGACAAAAUCCCUCCAUCCUACACGCAAUCGCACCGCACCUCCCAACACCAACACCCCAUCAAAUCAGCUCACAAUGUCUUUGACUCCCGACACAGCCUCAAUGCCAUACACAUCCUCCGACAUGGACCCAUCACCAACAUCAACGACCUCCAUCUCCAUCUCCCCACCCACCUCCUUCCCCUCCUCCUCUCCCCAAACCGCCGAUCUCGAAGCCAUCUCCUCCUCCGACGACGACGACUCAGACUACCAACCCUCCAUCAUCCAACUAUGGCGCAAACCAACCCUCCUCGGCCUUCUCCGCAGCACAGCAAUCAACCUCCUCCUCCCCUUCAUCAACGGCCUUAUGCUGGGCUGGGGCGAAAUCUUCGCGCACGAGGUUGCGUUCAGGUGGGGUUGGCGGAAUGCCAGGGUUUUCCCGCCGCAUCGUAUGUCGCUUGGUCCUGGGGUAGGGAUGGAGAGGAGGAGGAGGAUCACGAAGGAGGGGGUUAUUGAGGAUGAGGAUAGGAUUUUGAGGGAGAUGAGUAAUUUUGAGCUUUAGAUGUAUGAGUAUGAUGUCGAUAUCGAUUUACGAGGAGAUGGUGUAUGAUACCACUAGAACCAGUCAACCACAUAGCAUUAUAUACCCGUGGAAUCAAAGGUUGCUCGUACGUACGCGUUGCUCCAUUCAGAGGAGUAUGAAAAUGAG